UCCUGUACCUCCUACCAGCAGGAGGGAGGACCAUAGUCUGGGGAGGACCCGCGGAGCAGCACCUGCAGCAGACACUCAUCUCCACUUCACAUGCACGCGCUUAUGUCCCUGUGCUCGCAGAUCCGCGUGUGUUUAGUUUGUGUUUAGUCUUUCCGCGGUGAUGUCUGAGAGCUCGUGUGUCUCCGGGGCCCCGCAGCGCCUGGUGCCUCUGGCGCUCCGCGGAGAGUGGAUGGCGCUGGAGCAGAAGAUCAAGACUUUAGAGAGAGGAGAUCCGGACAUACUUCAGUGCGAUGAGGAGUCGGGUCUGAGUCUGCUGAUGCUGGCGGUGCGGGAGAGCCGUCUGUCAGUCCUCGACAGGUUACUGGAGCUCGGGGCUAAUCCAAGCGACAAAACCAAGGAUGGCAGAUCAGCUUUACACAUCGCCGCUGCUCACUCCAAAGACGAGAUCGUCAAACUGCUGGUCAGAAAAACUGACCCCAAUUCACCAGCAGGGCCCAAUGAUCAGCUGCCUCUGCAUUACGCUGCAUCUCGAUCCACCGGAGGCCUCGCUGUGGUGCAAACCCUGCUCAAGUUCAGCAGUAAAGACGCUCGACUGACACCUGACAAGAACGGCUGUCUUCCGCUGCUGCUGGCUGCCGAAGCCGGGAAUGUUGGAAUUGUUCGGGAGCUACUCUCCAGCCAAUCAGAGCCUCAGAUCAGAGCUGCAAAGACCGCAAAUGGAGACACAGCGCUUCACAUCUGCUGCAGACGGAGAGAUGUAGAGAUGGCCAAAAUCCUGGUGGAGUUCGGGGCCAAUCCAGAUUCUCAGAAUGAUGAAGGUCAGACUCCUCUACACAUCGCAGCUCAUGAAGGAGACGAGAACAUGCUGAAGUUUCUGUAUCUCUGCAAGGCCAAUGCUAACAUCUCUGACAAGAUGGACAGAUCUCCUCUCCACAUCGCAGCAGAGCGGGGACACACCAAUGUAGUGGAGAUCCUCACCGAGAAAUUCAGGUCCUGUGUGUUAGCAAGAACCAAGGAUGGAAACACUCUCCUGCACAUCGCGUCUCAGUGCGGUCAUCCCACCACUGCUCUCAGCUUCCUGAGGAAGGGCGUCCCGCUGCACAUGCCCAACAAGUCUGGAGCAGUGUGUCUGCAUGCGGCCGCUAAGCGCGGACACACAGCUGUAGUGAAGGCUCUCCUCCAGAAGGGGGCGCAUGUGGACGCGGCGGCGCGAGACGGACAGACGGCGCUGCACAUCGCGGUGGAGAACUGCAGACCGCAGGUGGUGCAGAUGCUGCUGGGCUUCGGUGCGCACGUGCAGCUCAGAGGAGGAAAGGCUCAGGAAACUCCUCUCCACAUCUCAGCGAGGGUGAAGGAGGGUGAGCGUGCGGCAGAGAUGCUGCUGAAGAGCGGAGCGGAGGUCAACGCAGAGCAGGAGAACGGAGAGACAGCUCUGCAUGUGGCAGCACGGCACGGCUCUCUGCAGAUGAUAAGAGCCCUCAUUCAGGAGGGAGGAGACCCCAGAUGGAGAUCCAGGGUUGGAGAGAGUCCUCUGCAUGUGGCGGUGCGUCACUGUCACGCUCAUGUGGUGCAGGAGAUUCUAACUUUUCUGACCAAUGAGAAGAGCCGACGGGAUGCAGAACUCUGCGUGUGUGAAGGCAACCAGGACGGAGAGACGGCGCUUCAUCUGGCAGCAGAGCUCAGGACGGAUGCGCUUCAUCAGCCGGAGGAGGACAUUACCAUCAUCCAGAUCCUGAUGGAGCAUCAGGCUGACAUCACUGCAGUCACACGACAGUCUGUAAAUGGUCAGACUCCUCUCCAUCUGGCGGCCGAGAGCGAUCAUUCAGAAGUGGUGAAGUUGUUUCUGAGACUCAGACCUGAGUUAUCGACACUAGCGAACGAGGAUGGGUCGACAUGCACACACAUCGCUGCGGCCAAAGGGAGUGUGUCUGUCAUCAGAGAACUGCUCAUGUUUAACCAAGGAGGAGUCGGCACGCUCAACCACAAGGCUCAUGGUUUGUGUCCUCUUCAUCUGGCUGCUGCUGGUGGACACGCUGAGGUGGUGAAGGUCCUUCUGGAGGCUGGAGCGUCAGUGACAGAGGAGGACGCAGAGGGCAUGACAGCUGUUCACCUGGCAGCCAAACACGGCCACACACACAUCCUGGAGGUGCUGAGAGGAAGCGUUCCCCUGAAGAUCCAGAGCUCUAAGACGGGGUUUACAGCUCUGCAUGUGGCGGCCUCUUUCGGACAGAUGAAUUUCGUCAGAGAAAUCCUGACUAAAGUUCCUGCGACGAUACGAAGUGAAUUCCCCACAAUCACCGGCAAAGACGACAUAAAGAGACAACAGCCGUUAGCUGAGUCAGGUUUCACUCCUCUUCAUCUGGCGUCUCAGUCGGGUCAUGAGAGUGUGGUUCGCCUGCUGCUGAACUGUCCUGGUGUUCAAGCCGAUGCAGAAACAAACAUUCAGGGCUCCAGUCCUCUUCAUCUGGCGGCUCAGAGCGGGCACACAGCAGUGGUGGGUCUCCUGCUCAGCCGAUCCUCAUCUCUGCUCCAUCAGACGGACAGACGGGGACGCUCUGCUCUGCAUCUGGCUGCCGCACAUGGACAUGUGGACAUGGUGCGAGUCCUGCUGGGACAGGGAGCUGAAAUCAAUCAUACCGACAUGAGUGGCUGGACAGCGCUGCAUUACGCUGCUGAAGCCGGCUGUCUGGAGGUGUUGUUAUUUCUGGUGGAGAGUGGAGCGUCCGCCUGUGCUGAGUGUCACGGUGGACGAACGCCGCUGCAGUACGCGGCUCAGCAGAACCACGAGUCCGCUGUCAUAUUCCUGCUCAGACGAGAGAAAAACACACUCCGGCUGCUGGACGACAAGAAGUUUAUAUUCAAUCUGAUGGUGUGCGGGCGAAUGAAUGAUAAUCUGUCUCUGGAGGAGCUGGUUUUACACACAUCUGCUCCUCUGGAUACUGCGGUGCGUCUAUCUCGAGCUUUGACCCUUUGUGCGCUGAGAGAGAAGGAGCGUUCGGUGGAUCUGCAGGCUGCAGCGCAUCACUGUGAGCUCAUGGCGUCCGAUCUGCUGUCUCUAUCUGCAUCUGCUGGGGGUCAGGGAGCUGGCGCAGGCCCCAUACUUAGGGCUCUGGACCACAGGGGGCUCAGUGUGUUGGACUGCCUGAUCGAGGGCCGGCAGAAGGGCGUGGUAUCCCAACCGGCAGUGCAGACGUACCUGACGGAGGUGUGGUGUGGAGGUCUGCAGUGGGACUCCUGGAAGAUCCUGCUGCUGUUCUGCUGUUUACUUCUGUGUCCGCCAUUGUGGCUUCUGCUCGCUCUGCCACUCACACACAGCUUCAACACCAUCCCAAUCGUGAAGUUCAUGAGCCACCUGGUGUCCCACAUCUUCCUGCUGACUCUGUUCAUCCUGACCAUCGUGUACCCGCCCGUGAGUCCUCUAUCCCAGGCCCGUCUGAUGCCCAGCUGGAGCGAGUGUCUGCUGCUCAUCUGGCUGUGUGGGAUGCUGGUCUCUGAGCUGACAUUCCCCGGAGAGCGCACUGGAUUAGCCUGGAUCCGUCUGCUGCUUUUGGGUUUUUCUGCUGCUGCUCUGCUCUGCCACCUGCUGGCGGUGUUCACCCAAUGGUGGCCGCCAACACACCUGCAUUGUCUAUUCGCUCGUAACGUACUGCUAGCCGUCGCCAUGACUCUCGGUUUCAUCCAGCUUCUGGAAUUCCUCACAUUUCAUCAUUUAUUCGGGCCGUGGGCGAUAAUCAUCAGAGACUUGAUUAAAGAUCUGUGCAGAUUUGCUGUGAUCCUGAUGUUGUUUCACACUGCAUUUACACUGAGUCUCACCGCAUUAUGCCAGCCGCUUUAUCCACAAGAACAGCACAAUACCACGACAGAAGUGACCGUUCCUGGGCCGUUAAAUAUGUCCGUGCUGCUUUUUUUUGCGUUGUUUGGUUUGACUGAGCCUGAUAAAAUCCCCGAUGUGGAUCGAUCGCCUCCUGCUACGGCGGUGUUGGCUAAAAUGGUGUUCGGUGUGUAUCUGGUGGUGACGUUUAUCGUGUUGAUUAAUCUGCUGAUUGCGAUGAUGAGCGACACAUAUCAGCGAAUACAGGCUCAGUCCGACACCGAGUGGAAGUUUGGCCGUGCUGUUUUGAUUCGAGAUAUGAGCCGCAAAUCUGGCAUCCCGUCUCCGUUUAACCUGUUCACCAACCUGUUCUACUCCGUUAAAGUUGUCUGCAAACGUGCAGGCAAGAUGUGCUCGUCGGAGUCUCGUGAUGUGAUGAAUGAAGAUGAAGAUGCUGAAGGUUUGUCGGAAUCUCGAUCUCUGGAUCUUCUGUCUCAAGCAUCUGUCAGCGGCAUCAGAGGAAACAAGAGGACACAGAUCCUGCCGGAGGGUGGUCAGAUCUCAUUGGCCCAUUCCGGAGGUCAUGUGCGUGUGGAGAAUGUUGCUGAUUGGCCGUCGGUGGUCCAGCAGUUUCUGUCUCAGCGCAGGCAGAGAGACAGAUCAACAGCAGAGAGAGACGAGUGAACCAGGCGUUUAUCCCAACAGAUGAGUUUACACCGACUUUGAACAUCAUUCUGAAGCCGCUGUUAGCUUCAGCCCAUCACUGCCUGUGGAUUUCUCUGAUGUUCUCUGCUCUCUAUACAUCUCUACCGCUCAACCAAGAGUGCAUUUAUUUGUUCAAAAAUACAGGACGUUUUUGAAAUAUUAUUAAAAUAGCUGUUUUGUAGUGUGAACAUACAGUACUGUACCGUAUAGUGAACUGUAAUUUAUAUCUGCAAUCUAAAGCAGAAUUUUCUGCAUCUUUGCUCCAGUUUUCAGUUUAUUCAGAAGUCAUUCGAAUGCUAAUUUGAUGAUCAAGAAACAUUUCUGAUCAUCAUGAUUGUUAAAAAAAAUUUAUUGUAUUUUUUUUUUGUAGUUUCGCAGAAACUGUAGAAAGUUCAGUCGAACAACAUUAUUUUAAAAUGUUUUUUUGUAACUUAAAAAAGUAUUUACUGACAUUUUUGAUCAAUGUUAUAUAUCCUUGCUAA